CAUUCAAAACUUCAAAAGUAAAACCAUGUCUUGUUUACUUUCUGUUAUCAAUUUUUUGGAAAUAAUUAUCAUUUUUUUUCCAAAAUUUGCAUUUUCAUUUUUCGUAUUCAUUAGGAUUAAUUAGUUUCUGGAUCUGCGAUCGUACUCCUAGUCGAACAAAAUAUUCAAGAUGACUGCUUCAGUUGAAGAAGAAUCUAGCCAUGCAAAUGCUGAAGACCAAAAAAAGUCGAAGAAGCAGCUGAAAAAAGAAGCUAAAGAAGCAACGAAGUCAGCUAAAAAGGAAGAAAAGGCCUCUAAAGGAAACAGCGCUGGAGAUAAUGCUCCUCCAGCCGAAGAUUACUCAGUUGGGAAGUAUGGAGCUCUGGGUAUGAUCCAAAGUAAGGCAUCUGAUAAACAAAAAUAUCAAUUUGUGAACGUCAAGCAGUUGGAUAAUUCAUUCAUCGAUAAAGAAGUAUGGAUAAGAGGACGGAUUCAUACUAGUCGAGGAAAAGGUAAACAAUGUUUUAUUGUUGUAAGACAACAAGAGAAUACCAUUCAGGGGCUUAUAGCCGUUUCACCUACGAUCAGUAAACAGAUGGUCAAGUUUGUUUCCGGUAUUUCUAAAGAGUCAGUUGUUGAUAUUCUGGCUAAAGUGAGCGGUGUUAACGUACCCGUUGAGGGCUGUACGUUGAAGAAUUUAGAAUUGCAUGUCAUCGAGUUAUGGGUUGUCAGUGCAGCAAAAUCUCCUUUACCGAUGCAAAUUGAAGAUGCUGCUCGCCGAGUGAAACCUGAAGAGGAACAAGACGGUAUAACGAUCACAGUGAAUCAAGAUACUCGGUUAGAUAAUAGAAUUUUAGAUUUACGAACUCCUGCCAACCAAGCCAUAUUUAGAUUAGAAGCCGGUGUUUGUAAAUUAUUCCGUGAUAUCCUUGCGAACAAAGGUUUCGUUGAAAUUCAUACUCCAAAAAUUAUCAGCGCUGCUAGUGAAGGUGGAGCAAAUGUAUUUCAAGUAUCUUAUUUCAAAGGAUCGGCGUAUCUUGCACAAUCGCCUCAGCUUUAUAAACAAAUGGCGAUCGCUGCCGAUUUUGAUAGAGUAUUUACAGUUGGUGCCGUGUUCAGAGCGGAAGAUAGUAACACACACCGGCAUCUUACUGAGUUCGUUGGUCUCGAUUUAGAGAUGGCAUUCAAAUAUCAUUACAACGAAGUAGUAGAUUUAAUUGGUGCUACGUUUACAGAAAUGUUCAAAGGAUUACGUGAUAUAUAUAAAGACGAGAUAACCGCCAUUUCCGAACAGUAUCCCGUCGAGCCGUUUAAAUUUCUAGACCCACCGUUGAAGCUGGAAUUUCCGCAAGCGAUAAGCAUGCUACGUGAAGCGGGUGUCGAAGUAGGUGACGAGGACGAUUUAUCUACUCCGGAUGAGAAAUUACUUGGAAGAUUAGUAAAAACGAAAUAUGAUACCGAUUUUUAUAUUUUGGAUAAAUAUCCGUUGGCUGUUCGACCGUUCUACACGAUGCCUGAUCCUGACAACGAAAAAAUGUCCAAUUCCUACGACAUGUUUAUGAGAGGUGAAGAAAUAAUGUCCGGUGCGCAAAGGAUACACGAUGCCGAAUUUCUCAGUCAGCGUGCAAAGCAUCAUAAUAUCGAUUUGGAGCAAAUCAGAGCUUACAUAGAUGCAUUUAAAUACGGCUGUCCUCCUCAUGCCGGUGGUGGUAUAGGAUUGGAAAGAGUUGUAAUGCUGUAUUUAGGAUUGGAUAAUAUCAGGAAAACAUCCAUGUUCCCACGUGAUCCCAAAAGAGUAACUCCUUGAAUGAAUAUUUUUGAAAAGAUGAGAUUUUCGAAGAUUGUAUGAUUUUUAAUGAAUUAAAUACGUAUGAAUAAUUGUUACUAAUCAGUUUGGUUUGAUUUUGAUAUCAUGUAGUUGCAUUUCAUUUUCUCUUGUAUUUGAAAAAUGUUUGAAAUAAAAAUAAAAUAUCAGUGUACCCAUAUAAA